AUGAUGAACCCCUCGACGACGGCCUCCUCUGCGGCGCCCUCCGCUCCGACCCCUUCCCCUGCAGUCCCAGCAGCAGGAGCUUCUGAUGCCAGCAGCGGUUCGACUGAGUCCGCCGCGUCGCUGAUGAUGCAUCAGAUGUCGACGCAGUUCAAGACGCAGCUGUCCCACGUGCAGAUGCCCACGGCCAUUAAGGAACACACGGACGAGCUGGAGCGCCGCAUUUCGACCACGGACAUUGCACGGAUCAAUGGCUACAUGCGGCUAGUGAACCUCUUGUUUUCCGGUGCUUUGUGGGUCACGUGCUUCUUUCGCAUGUUCCAAGUGCCCAGCUACUCGCACUUCCUCGUCAUCAUUUAUAUCAUGUUUCUGAGUGCGGGGCUCGCGUUUGUCGAGAACCACGAGCGGUUCCCGACACUUGCGGACCGCGUGAAAAUCAACUUUGGCUUCAUGUUCUCGGCCAAAGGCAAGGCGUCUUACAUUCUAAGCAUUGCGUUCCUCGCCGUGUCUCAGGGCUGGAUCGGCUGGAUCAUUGGUCUAUGCUUCUUCUUCCUGGCUCUCUUCAACUUUUUCUUGAUCAAUAAGCAUCCUGCGUACAAGGCUACCAUGAUGAAGCCGACCGGUAUGGCCACGUCCACGGAUGGACAUCAGGAGGAGGCGGAUCUGGAAGCCAUGCCAGAAUUACGCUACAACCAGAAGCAAGCGCAUGCCACCGCGACUGGCGCGUCUACCACUGCCACAGCUCAGCCGUCGCAUGUGUCAGUUUAA